AUGGCCGCUCCACAAAACUCACCGGCGCAACCACCAGUCGGAGAUGCUGAAGUCAUUCCGGGCACGCGACGCCUCUACGACGAGAAUGGCAACAACUUACCGGGAGACGCCUCGCUGCUGAAGCACGGCGACAUCGUCCUCGUCCCGCAGCCCACCGAGUCGCCCAACGACCCGCUGCGCUGGUCGCUGCCGCGCAAGAUCUGGCACUCGUUCCUGGUGCUGUACAUCGUGGGUCUCACGGCCGCGACGUCCAACAAUGCCGGCUCGGGCGCCGACGGCGUGAACGAGGAGUACGGCAUCAGCUAUGAUGCCUUCAACACCGGCGCGGGCGUGCUCUUCAUCGCCAUUGGGUACUGGACGUUGCUGAGCUCACCGUUGGUGCACUUGUACGGACGGCGACUGGGGUAUCUCAUCUCGAUGAUUGUUAACAUUGGCGGUCUCAUCUGGUAUGCCCGCAUCACGAACGUAGCGGGCGUUGUGUGGUCGCAGCUCUUCGUCGGUGCUGCCGAGUCGGUUGGUGAGGCCACGGUGCAGCUGUCUCUGCUUGAUAUCUGGUUCGAGCAUCAGACUGGCAGUGUGCUAGGUAUCUACACCUUUGCGACUGCCAUUGGGACCUAUCUCGGACCCCUGAUCGGCGCGUACGUGUCCAGCGGCCUCGGAUGGCGAUGGAUCGGCUACGUGGGUGCCCUCAUCUGCGGCGGCAGCCUCAUCGUCAUCUUCUUCGGCCUCGAGGAGACCGAGUUCAACCGGGACCGCUACCUCACCGGCAAUGGCGAGCGCUACGCCGUGGAAGGCUCGCAUCGCGUUCCCGUCAUGGAGAAGACUUCCGUACACGCCUCGGCCCGGAACUCCGUUGACAUUGAGCGAGAUCCUGCCGCUGCGACUGCCACCCCCGAAGUCGUUGGCAAAGAGGACCACCUCGCCGAGACCACAGGGACCGACCAAGGGUCCAUAGUAUCCAGCACGGCGCGCGACCGCAUGGCCUUCUCCUACUCCCGCCGCAAGACGUACCGGGAUCGCAUCCGCAUCAUCACACCCGCGCCCAACCUCCGCGGCACGGGAUUCAAGCAGUACAUCUUCCGGCUUUGGCACACGCUCCGCGUCUUCACGUUCCCGGCGGUAUGGUACGCGGGCCUGCAGUGGGGCCUGCAGAACAUCUGCCUGACGUUCUACCUGACGGUGCAGGAGGACUGGUGGUAUGGCCCACCGUGGAACUACUCGCCCGCCGCCGUGGGCAACAUGAACCUUCCAACACUGAUCGGAAGUCUUGUAGGGUGCGUGUACGGCGGAUACGGGAGCGAUCGAUUCAUGCUUUGGAUGAUCAAGCGCAACAAGGGCGUCAUGGAGUCCGAGUUCCGGUUGUACCUGAUGGCGCUGUGUACGGUGGUGUUCCCGACGGGUAUGUGGCUGUUUGGCAUCGGGAGCGCGCGCGGGUGGGAUUGGCCUGUGCCGUACGUCGGGCUGGGCUUCAUCGGGUUCGGGUACGGGUGUGCUGGAGACUUGAGUCUGGCGUAUCUCGCCGACUCUUUCCCUGAAAUGGUCCUCGAAGGCAUGGUGGGCGUCGCAGUCAUCAACAAUACGAUUGCCAUGCUCUUCACGUUUGUGGCGAGCUACUGGAUCGAUUCGGGCAUGGAGAACUGUUUCAUCGCUCUCGGAGUCCUCAGCUUCGUCAUCAUGGGCCUUAGCCUGCCCAUGAUCAUCUUUGGGAAGCGGACACGGCGCUGGGCCAAGGACAGGUACAUGCGGUUUGUCGAUAUCCGCGAUGGUUUCUCCAAGUAA